AUGUCCGUUAGCACGCCAAGUGAGUUAGACGCAUUAAUAGAACAAGCCACUAGUGAGAGCAUUCCCAACGGUGACCUUGAUCUCCCCAUAGCGUUGGAAAUUUCAGAUGUGUUAAGAUCUAGAAGGGUAAAUCCCAAAGAUUCUAUGCGUUGUAUAAAGAAAAGGAUUCUCAAUACGGCCGAUAAUCCAAAUACCCAAUUGUCUUCCUGGAAGCUUACCAAUAUAUGUGUAAAAAAUGGUGGAACGCCUUUUAUUAAGGAAAUUUGUUCCAGAGAGUUCAUGGAUACCAUGGAACAUGUCAUUUUAAGAGAAGAUAGCAACGAAGAACUUUCUGAGCUGGUAAAGACCAUAUUAUAUGAACUAUACGUAGCCUUCAAAAAUGAUUCGCAACUUAACUAUGUGGCAAAAGUUUAUGAUAAAUUAAUCUCUCGUGGCAUUAAAUUCCCUGAAAAGCUAACACUUUCCAAUUCUCCGACUGCAAUGUUUGACUCGAAGACGCCCGCAGAUUGGAUUGAUUCUGAUGCUUGUAUGAUUUGCUCCAAAAAGUUUUCUCUACUAAAUAGGAAACAUCACUGUCGUUCCUGUGGUGGAGUUUUCUGCCAAGAACACUCAUCAAAUAGUAUACCCUUACCUGAUUUGGGUAUAUAUGAGCCAGUCAGAGUAUGUGAUAGCUGCUUUGAAGAUUACGAUUUGAAGAGACAUGACGACAGUAAAAAAUCUAAAAAACAUCGCCAUAAAAGAAAGAAGGACAGGGACUACUCAACUCCUGAGGAUGAAGAAGAGCUGAUAAGGAAAGCAAUAGAACUCUCCUUGAAAGAAUCUAGAAAUAGCGCUAGUAGCGAGCCUAUUGUCCCCGUUGUAGAAUCAAAGAAUGAGGUGAAGAGACAAGAAAUAGAAGAAGAAGAAGAUCCUGAUUUAAAAGCUGCUAUUCAGGAAAGCUUGAGAGAAGCUGAAGAAGCGAAGCUACGCAGUGAGCGUCAAAAAGCCUCUAGACAGAUGCAACCCCAACAGCCAUCACCUCAACCUCAACCUAUCCAUUCCGUUGAUUUAUCUGAUGAGGAGAAAGACAGCAUAUACAUGUUUGCUUCACUUGUCGAAAAAAUGAAAUCGAGGCCCUUGAACGAAAUUUUGGAAGACUCUAAAUUACAAAACUUGGCUCAAAGAGUAUUUGCUUCCAAAGCAAGGUUGAAUUAUGCUUUAAAUGAUAAAGCUCAGAAAUACAAUACUUUGAUAGAAAUGAACGGCAAGAUUUCGGAAAUUAUGAACAUAUACGAUAGAUUAUUGGAGCAACAGCUACAAAGCAUCAAUUUGUCUCAGCAAUACACACUUCCACAAGUCCCUUCUGAUCCGUACAAUUACCUAACAGAAAAUGUGCAAAAUCCAGCAGAAAGCUAUCAAACACCUCCCCUCCAGCAACUAUCAUCUCAUCAAUACAAACCACAACAGGAUGUCUCACGCCAACAAUCGGUAAAAGCAAAUUCAUCACCUACCACUAAUAUUGAUCACUUGAAAACCAUCGAUGUGACACCACACGCACAGCAAAAGCCUCAAUCGCACGUUGAACUUGCACCUUCGGACCCACCUUAUCCAAAAGAAGAGGCCGAAGAUGAAGGAACACAGGCAGUGCAAGAUGAGGAAUCCUCCACACAAGAAUCCCGCGAAAGGCCGUAUCCAGUAGAAACAGAGAAUGGUGAAACUUCAAUAAAUAAACGGCCUCAAGGCAUUACACGUUACGAUUUUCCAACUGUUCCUGCACGCAAAUUCGUCCAACCGGAGUCAACUGUACCACUUCCUGCAAGUUCCUCUGAAAUUCCGAUCAAAGAGGAAAGGCCGCCUAGUCCUCAAGAGGAACUGCUAAUAGAGCUUUAA